UCCGCCGGUCGCUGAGGGAGGAGGGUGGAUGAUGGCGGCUUCCUCGCUAUGGAAAGGGCUGGUUGGGAUCGGACUUUUCGCCCUGGCGCACGCGGCCUUCUCCGCGGCACAGCAUCGUUCAUAUAUGAGAUUAACAGAGAAAGAAGAUGAAACCUUGCCAGUGGAUAUAGUUCUUCAAACACUGUUGGCCUUUGCGGUUACCUGUUAUGGCAUAGUACAUAUUGCAGGAGAAUUUAAAGACAUGGAUGCUACUUCAGAGCUAAAAAAUAAGACAUUUGACACAUUAAGGAACCACCCAUCCUUUUAUGUAUUUAAUCACCGGGGCAGAGUAUUAUUUCAGUCCCCAGAUACUGUCCAUUCUUCCUCCAAUCAGGAUGCUUUGUCGUCCAGCACAUCACUGAAGUUGCGAAAACUUGAACCUCUCCGCCGUUAAAAAGAUUUUUACAGAUGAUUCUAAAAGUUGAACAGGACACUGAGCUAUAAUAUUGGAGUUGAGGAUGUAAAACACUUUUUUAAAAAUUUCUGGAGCAGUAUUUAUAUUGAUCUUCCAGACUUUAUAAAAUAUAUAUAUAUUAUAAAUAUAUAAAUAUUAAAUAGGACCUUCUCUGAACACUGUUAAUGACAAUGACUGCAUUGUAAAUUGGCAAAACAGUGUAAGCGGUUGCUAGAAUGAUGCUGUGAAAACAUACCUUUUAUCUUUCAUCCAUUAAACACUAUUGCAAUUAAUUUCACCUAAAACAAAUUGUGUUGCCAGGAGACAGAUGGGUUUUUUUUAAAAAAAAGUAAUAGAAAAGCACAGGAAGGUGGUGGGUGGCUUGUUCUGUUGUUUUGUUGAAUGCUGAGGAAAGGGAUGUUCUGUGUUUAUUUCCUUCUCUCUGCCCCCCGCCCCCAAAGACAGUGUGUUACUGUGUUACUUCCAUGUCUUUGGUACUUUGGGUUGUAACAUGUCCAUAGCUUGGUAUGAAUCCACUUGGUGAAGGAAAGAGGUGUUCAAAAAGUCUGAUCCCAAAUGUAGUUGCCUGGUGAUGGUAGGUUUCUCAACCUGAAUUGUUGCCAAUGAUACAUCAACUUUUUUUGUCUGUUGGUGGGUCAGUACCUUUGAGCAAGCCCGAAAGGGUCAUGUUUUGAAAAAAGAAAAUUGCAAUAGGGUAGUAACUCUGGGGAGGAGUGUUGAAUCAUACUGCUUUGAUCCCAAUUCUUUUUGUAUCAAGUCUUUGCCUACCUGCUUUAUUGCACACAUUGUGCACACUGGGGAUUAGAGCAAAAAGUAUGGCUGAAUUACAUUGAGCCCACCACUGCUGUGAGAAGAAUGUGAGCGCUGCUGUGAAAUGUAGGACAACAGCAAAAGACCGUAUGUUCAGGUGAGAAGGGAUGUUGAAUGACUUUUAAAAUAUGCAUAGCAUUCAAAGGAUUAGGUGGUUAUGUGGAAGUUUUCCAGAUUUGUGCUGUCAAGCAGUGUAUUUUGAUUUAGGCAUCUCCUUUUACUUGCACACAUCACUUGCUGGAAAGGUAAAAGGAGCACUGUGAGCACUCAUUAAACAUGUUCAACUUGUUUUUCCACUGUGCUUCAUUGCGCUUUCUGUUUGUAACAUUUCAGAUCCGGACGGGAUUAAUUUUCUUGCGUUAUCUUCCUUAGAGCAGAGUGGAAGGUUCAGAAGGGGGGCAGUUAGCGUCAAUUUGCUGUGCAUGUGAAUAUCCACCGAAUUUAACUGAUUUGCGUUGGUGACAGGCAUACAAGAAACUCUUCUGAUCUGCUGUUGAAGGCCAGUUCAUGUUUUUCCUGUUAGAUGACUUCUGUGUAGUAAAACUGUCCGCGUCAUCACUUGAGAAGUGUGGCACCAGUAUACAAGUUACACAUUUGUAUUUGUGCACAUGAAUUGCCUAGCUGAUGAGUUUGUGUCAAAACAAAGAUAUAUAUGCUCUACUUAUAGUCUGUUUGCAUAGCUAUUUCUACUUGGAAAUAAUCUCAGAGCAGGAGAAACAGUGUGGACAAGACUGCCUUAAAAUGAGAGCCGGUUGUGGUAGAGAAGACUUCUGAGUUUGAUUUUGUUUUUACCUCGACUGCCGUUUCAGUUUCUGCUGAUUAUAAAAACUUCCUUUGGUGGUAUCCUAAGAUGCUUUGUCUUAUUCUGAGGUAGCAAACUGAGCAUAAACCCACUGAUGACCACCCAGUAUAUUUAAAGAUUGCCAACUCUGUUAAACUUCUCACAAAAUACCCAAAAUCUAAUUCAGAUUGGAUAACAGCUUUUGAAUUUUUUAUUUUUAUGGUCAAGGCUAUGAAGUUUGUGGCCUACUUAUCGCUGUUAAUAGCUAUCACUCUGUGGUGUUCUCCAAGUCAUGGUUUCUACUUAAAUUGGAUAGUUUGGUUUUCUUACCCACCAGUAACUAUUUCCCAGUAUCUAGCCUGUCAUACUGAGUUGGAUGGGCUGACGCAAGAGACCCGUAUUAUGGUCCAGUUCCCCAAAGAUAGGAACAAAUGAGUGUAUGCGAUCACAGCAAUGGGAGAAAUGUCUCAAUACACCAUUAUAGCACAGUCAAAACCAGUUUGAAACAAGUCCCAUUAGUCCAGUGGAAUUUUUUUCCUUAGUGGUUUUGUUUCAAAUUUCUGCCACAAUAGCAUGCAGGCUCAGUUAAUAAAAGCAUUGGUCAGGGUCUUUUUGAAGCAUGUCACAGAAGACUAAUUUCGUAUGACAGACUUUCUUGAUUUCUGAGUGAUCGUGAUGAAAGAGGAAAUGGCUGGUUGUUGGGAGGAAAUGCCAAGAGUUCUAAAGUGCCAAGUACCAUUUCCUGAUGUUUAAUUUAUCUUUAGUAGCACUUUGUAUUGCUUAUUUACCAUUACAUCUAAUCACCGGGUGGGAACCUGUUCAGCUGUAAAAAAAACCCUGUGUUCAUGUUGCAGCAGGUAUUAGUAUAAGAUGGGAAUCUUGCUUAGAGCCCCUUUCAACCCAUCUGUUACCAAAUUUUUAGACCCUUCAAGCGCCUUCUUGGCUGUUCUUAGUCACAAGGAGUUAUCCACCUUGCUCUUCAGCAUUGAUGGUUAUGUCACAAAGAUGUGCAAGCUUUGUUUUUCCUUUUGAUCUUGCAAUGUCCAAUAAAGAACUAAUAUCCUUAACUAA